AUGCAUCGUCUUUUUGCUGAGCUGGAGCCAUCUUUAACCGUCACAGAGCAAAACCUGGCAGACCGAGUUCGGUAUAUCUUGCGCUCAAAUAUAUUUGAUGUCGCCGAACUCGAACGGCUACGACGUGAGGCUGUUCCCUCAUGGGAUGAAAAUGCUACGGCUGAGGAUGCAGCACCACAAAUGAUAGAGCAACCCGCAAACGUGGAUGCCGCCGUGAAUACCCCAGUUGUGGUUGAUUCAAACGAUGAUGGAACAGUCGCCCAGGAACUGGAAUUAGAGCAUAUUAGGAGUACAUUGGAAGAGGCGAUUGUGGAAACGCGCAGUACGCCUCUCGAAAAUCGACCGCGACUUCCCCGCAUAGCCCUAAGCCAGCGGAAUCGGGCUGUCGUGAAGGCCCUGAACCCAAUGCUGGUGACCUAUUUGGAAGCCAACCGGGACCUUUGCGAGACGAACUCAAUUCUUUUUGGCGCCGCGCUGGCAGUCUGCCGUAUCAUAGGCACCAAGGUUUCCACGGCUGGACGCGCUACUGGCCAUAGUAGCGCUAUCCCAGCAUGGAGAAGAAGAAUUGAGGAACAUAUCGCAAAGGCUAGAGCUCUCAUCGGCAGACUGAUAUGCUUCAGAUCAGGAAAUAACAGGGCAAGAAUUAUGCGCACCGUCAGGAUGGCGUUUGCUGGGACAAAUGUCAGUUUGUCCCAGCCGGAUAUAACGCAAAAACUGACGGAGCGCAUAGAUGAUCUGAAGCAAAGAAUCGCUGCUUGGGGAAAGCGGAUUCGGCGAUAUACCGAGAGGUCAACACGGUUCAACCAGAAUUGUCUCUUCCAGAGUGAUCAGAAGAGGCUCUAUGCAUUAUUGGAGCGACCGAUAGUAAGUAGAACGGGCCCAGCACCGAAUCAGGCCGACACUGUAGCAUUCUGGCGCAGCCUGUAG